CAUACAAAGAACGAACCUACCCAGCAACCCUUUCCCUCAGAAAUGGAUGCUCCAUUCUCCCCGAGCGUUUGAAUCUGCUCUUGGGAUUCCUUCUUCCUCCGCUUUUCCAACAUCCAUGGCACAUGCGCACUUCACCCGAACAUCCCGGAACACGAAGAAGAGAAUCUUUUACUUCCGUCGUAGUUCUUGCCUGGAUACCAAAGACGCGGACAUUCAAUUCGCGGAAGAUGAGGAUGAACCUGACAGGGAUUUACCACGUGUUUUUAUUUUUUUAAUACCCACUUACCUAAACUGUGACUCAUUAAUGGAACGGGUACUAAUCACAGUGACUAGUUCCUGAUCCUUGUGGUUUUAAUUAUAUUUAUAUCUAAAGAUGAGUAGUGCUUCAAGGCAAUCUCGGGCAUCUCGGAGUCUGAGCCCGCCAAAAGGAAAAGAAGAAUCAACGGAUCGGGAUCAGCACACUUGCGAUAGAUGCCACAAAAAGAGUAGAAAAGAAGAUGACAGUAAAAUCCCUCCACCCAAUAUGACCGACAAGUCACAACAAACAAGACUCGGUCACGAAAAACCACAAGAGCAUCAGCAAUGGCGAUAUGCCAGUAAUGCCCGACGACCAAGCUCUAAACAGUCUUGUGUUCCAAAUGAUUCAACAACUAGGACUUCUAGACAAGCAAGCAUUAUUUGUACGAAGCAUGAAAAGGAAAAAGUGAAAAUGCAGUCAACUAUAGAAAAACUUCAAGAAGCUUUCUGUGAUAAAGAAUCUAAGUUUCAGGACACGAAAUCUCAAUUAGUCAGGGAAAGACGAAUGUCCGAAAUUAUGGAGAGGCAGCUGAAAAACGCUCGAAAUCUAUCCGAGCAAUUAGGCCGAAUUAUUCAUGAUCGAGAGCAAGAAAUACGAACUCUAAAAAAUUUACUCAAUAAAAGGCAAGACACUAAAAACCUAUCAGAAGCCGCCGUUCAGGCGGCCAUGAUUAAAGCAGCAAGAACAGACAGGAGAAGAUCAACAUCUAAAGAUGAUUUUCAGUCAUCAAUGCGAAGGAGUUCUUCAACAAGUGACCACACAGAUUGUCCUAGCCUAUCAUCUGCAUCUGUCGAUAAAAUGCUGAAAGAAGUUCAUACCCUGAUCGAUGGACUAAAAAUUAAAGACGAAGCAAUUAAGGGGCUUCAGGAGGAGUGUACCAGAAGACUAGACAAAAUACAGAUUCUCCAGCGCAGUGUUCAGGUUUUACAAGAUCAGCUGACUCAGAGCACGCAACACCACAGCAGUGUCUGUCAAGAGAAAGAUAACAUGAUAUCUCAAUUGCAACAUUCACUCAAAGAAUCGGAAGAUACUGUCAAAAGUCUACUGAGCGAGAAGACCAAAGUCGUCAUCGAAGGUGAGAAUACGAUACAAGAGCUACAAGAGAUCAUCCAGCAGAAAGACGUGAUGCUGAAAAGGAUACAAAAUCAACUUGAGGAGGCACUCGACACAAAGGAAACCGAAUUACAACAGCUUAGAGACACCUUGGAUUCUAGGCAGAAAGAUAUAGAUGCAAAACAACGAGAUCUGGAGGAAUCACACGAAGAACUCUUUAGGAGUCAAAUGGAGAGUGAAUCCCUCAAAAUCGAGCUAAACCAGGAAAAAUGCAGCCUAAACAAGAUGUCGGAGGAGAUUAACUCACUGGUGGAUAAACUGACCAAAGCAGUGGAGGAAAUGGAGGCGACCAAAUUAGAGUAUCACAAAAAAGACGAAAGGUUAAAAAACACGCAGAAGAAGAUUCAGGAAAUGUAUUUGAUUUUCUUAAGUGACCAAGAUGUGACGGAGAAGUUGAAACAUCUAUAUAGAUCUAGACGAGAGUAUACGGGAAGAAAAGUUCUGUCAGAAGAGGAUGUGUUUGAAAAAAUACUCAUUUCAAACAUGAGGCAUGAAAAUAAAGGAAAACAUGGAACUGUUGCAAAUCAACAGAUUCAUAAGCAACAGUUGGCAGAGCUUCAACAGCAGGUGAAUGAUUCGCAAGCAGUGUGUAGUAUUUUACAGGAACAGCUGAAGGAAGUGACCGAUUUUCUGGACCAACUUCUUCACAUAGAUAUCUCACCCAAAAAUCUUCCUGCUCUGUCACUUAUCAAGCAUUAUGGAAAACACCUGAAAACUCCCACUAGCAUUUUAUCUAAAGAGCGAGUAGCACCAGACGGAAUAUCAUCUAAUAGCCAACUCGAUAUGGAAUUCUCAAGACAGACUACUCUUGAAGAUGAUGAGGAGUGUCAAGACAACUCCAAUAUCAAUUCUUCACAUAAUUAUAAAAUGUCCGAUCGUCCUGGUAGUUACGAAAAUAUGAACUACUAUGAUUCCGAAUGCAGAGAGUAUUACGUGAAUAAUAAAUCUUUGUCAGCCGAAAACUUGAAGGAAAGCAAUCAUUUCUCUCUUUCAACAACAAAUAUCGGUGGACAAAUUAGAGAAACAUCGGAUAUGGUUCCAAUCUCCGUAUCGAUCCAAGGAGCCAGUUCUGACAGCGAUGAAAUAAUCUUACUGUUGAACGACCGCGAAGUGACCCAAGGCAACAACACGUCCAGCGAAGCCACAAAACUGAAAAAAAGAUCAAGACCAUCCGUAGUGUCACCGCCUUUUCCCAGAGGGCUGAAGAUCACUGAAAACUACGGUUCUGAUGGCAGCAUCAACACCAGAGAAAACUCCAGCAACGUCAUAGAACGGUCAGUCAGUUUCGGAAGUUUCAGCGAUUCUGUCCUCAUGUCCUAUGAGCAAUCUGAGAGGGGUGCAUCAGACGAAAGUAGUGGGAUGGUCAACAACCGAUGUGUCCGUUCCAUCGAUAUGAUGGACCUUAUACCUGUUGGAAAUAUCGAAAUGAAAGGAGGAAUUUUUCUUUCAUCUGAUUCGGACAUUUGGUCAGAGCCAGAUACAACAUUGUCCAGACAAAGAAUGGGUUUUGGUAUUGAAGAGACAAGUUUGUCUUCAGAUUAUUCGACAACUUACGUUUCUGAUGAACAACACAAGCGAAAGGUUGUUUGUCCUCAAAGCAGAUGUGAUUCUAGGAGAAGUAGGCAUCGUGUAAUACAUGUAGCAACAAAAAAGACUGCGAACAAGGUGAAACGUUGGCUGGAGAAGUUAAAAAAUUAUCUGCGAAUGUUUGAAGAAGCUAAUUUUCAGUUAACAGACGAAAUAAAUAACCUCUGCGAUGUAAGGAACCAAAUGAAUGUUAUUCUUUCAUCUGAAGAAAAGGUUGAAAACUCAGAAUCAAUUCUUUACGAUCUCUCUGAGUAUAUUCGAUUGAAUUUCCUGAUGCAGAAAAAAUUAGAGAAAUCCAUUCAUUUUAAUCGUCAGCUCAUUGAUGUCUUCCAAAGGAAUAUUUCUUGUCAAAAGAAGCCAAUUCUAGAAAAUGGGCUAGUUGUUAAACAAACACCAACAAAACAUCCAGUGAGACAUUCAAGGCGACAUUCAAACAAAAGAAAUCCAUCCCCUCCAUAUACAGAAGACAUAGAUGCUGUGGCUCUGCGUAAAACUUACGAAGAUCCAGACAUUCAUUCCCAGUUAGUUGGUUACCACGCUACCCUUAUGUCUUGUCAGGACAUGAUCAAAGAUCUUCAUGCACAGUUGAAAGACAGACACUGCAGCGAGAUCAUGAACAAGCAUGAAUUGAACAGAACAGUGUACGGCUAUUUGGAAGACAUUGACCACUGCAUUGACGACUUGUGUAAAAAGAUGGAAACAAGCACUGGGGAAAGCCCCAGCCAAAGUUACAGUUUCAAAUCAACGUUUAGUAACAAUGUAGCUGGUAACGAAACACCGGAAGACCACGUUUAUGAGAAUCAAGAAGUGUAUGCAAACCCUCUGAUGGACAAGCUGAAAGAAAAUGAAGACAGACUGCUCAGGUUCGAGGUGCUAUUGAAUGACAAGGAACAACAGCUCAAACUGUCAGCUGAAAAUGCUUUGCAGUUAGAGGAACAGCUUAGUGGUAUAAAACAAUCACUGUAUGAGAUCCAGAUGGAAAAUCUGGAACUAAAGGAGUGUUUGGAAUUAAGUGAGAACAAACAAUUAGAGAUGGAGGACUCCUCGAAUCAAAUGCUCAGAGAAUUGCAAAUGACAAUGCAGAGGUUAGCCGACUUGGAGGAGAGAUUCAGGUGCUUGAAUGAUCAGCAACUCAUUCAGAAGAAUGCAGAGAAAACUUUAUAUCCUGUUCCAUAUAAUUAUCACAAUGGUGAUGUAUGGGAGGACAGUAACACUUCAAACAUUCCAACACAUGAAAGACCCACCCCCACAUACACGAGAGAUUGGGAGAGUGAGGACUAUUGACGAUAAUCUGGAAACGUGCUUAACAGGUGUUUUAAUUUAUGGUUAGUUUGAGCUUAAAAAUUUGACAUAUAUUAUUUUAACACACCAUUAUUUGAUAAAAAAAAAAAAAUAUGAAUAUUACACAGGUUGGUAAAAAUAGACAAAUGUUUUAGCAGAAAUGAUGCCUCAUACAAUCCAAGUAGGAAUAAAUAAAAUUACACAUGGUUAAAAAUAGUUUUGUAAAGUUAAUAUUUCAGGAGAACACUCCUUUUAAAUUGAAAUUUUACCAUUUAUCUUCUAAAUUGAGUCCUUAAUAUUUUAUCAAUUAUCUUUGAUCAGAAUAUUUCCCUGUAGUUAUUAAGGGGAAAAAAACAUUCUUUGCAUUUUAAAAUAAGUUCUUUCUUUUUUCUUUUGGAAAAUUUGAAAAUAAGAAUCUCCCAAGAAGCAAUAGAUCUGUGAAAUUUUUAUUCAAACCUUAUUUUUUUUAAAAAUAUGUUUAAAAUCUACACAUAUGACAGAAAAGUUUUGAUAUUUUAGAUAAGAUAUAAGAAGAAAAAAAUUAAAUUCUUGACAGUAAGAAGAAAAAUUGGUUGCAAAUAUUCAAAAGGAGACAUUUGAAAACAGGAAUAAAAAUACUUUCAAAGAAUAUGAUGUCUAGGGACCUGUGGACUACAUAGAAGUUGUAAUAUUUUUCAAAAAAAUACCCUAUUUCUGAACAAUUUGAAAAUAUGGCUUAUCAUUAUAUUGCAUAAAGAUCUUCAAUUAAUUAAUGAAGUAAUCUUUAGACAAUGUAUAAAACAUCUCAUUCAGGUUAGAAGAAAUACAACUAUAAGACCAAACCAAAUAAGAUUGAUUCAAUCUGAGUUAAAAUUGAAAUAUUAUAUUUUAAUUAUAAAAAAAUAUAAUUCCAUUGAUUGAACAAUGUAGAAAAAGAUGGUGUUAGUCAUGCAAAAUAAUAAAAAUUUCAGUUUGCCCAAGCUAUCAGUUCUUGCUAAACAUUGCUCUUUAACUUUACCAACCAGUGUAACAUAUUUUAAAAUACCAAGAGGAUUUUUUUUUAAUAAAAAGGAAACCAAUCACAAUAAAUAUAUAUCUAUCCAUUUUUGUAGAGAUGUAAUUUUUCUGGUAAAGAGAGAACGCAGUAUUUUUUAAAUUGAAAGUUAAUAGAGUGCUUGAUAAUUGCUAUGGCAUC